UACUGCUGAAAGUAGCUCUGACGGAAUGCAUUUCAGGAAACGAUAGUCUCACACAAGCAUUUGUUUAUCUGCAGGCAUAAUGUCUGGUCCAUAACGUUAAAAGCUGCUUUAACUGUUUUGUCUUUUUUAACACUUGGGGGCAGUAGAACCAGCUGAAAACAUAGCAUCUUGGUGAUCCGAUCACAUGUGGACAGUUCUAAAUACAAGCGUACAUGGCCACCAAGACACAUUGUGAUCCAAUCACUCAAAUCACUUGAUGAGGUGGUCUGGGAUGUAUUUGACCACUUAUAUUCUGUGGUGUAAAUGCUAAUGCCUCCUGCACGAGUUGAAAUGCUAACCCUUGAUUUGCAAAACUCUCUUGAGCCGUUUUUUUGUUUUGCUGUUUUAUGGUGUGACAAUGCUUUGGUUCAGGUCUGGUUAGGUUGAGGUACAACAAGCAUUUGGUUUGGGUUAGAGAAAGAUAAUGGUUUGGAUUAAAAUGAUCAAAGUUAGGAUUAGAUGGUUAGGGUCGGGGGUUAGGUUGGGGAACUGCAAAUACCAAAAGGCAUCUGGAAGGCUCUGGCUCAGGGUAUCAUCUCAAUGUUAGCACACUACCACAUAGAUGAUGAUAUGGGGAGAGGUGUACAAAUCAAAAAGGUGGGGGGAAUUAGUAAAUUAGAAGACUUGAUCAAACUAAACAAUGCAAUUAACAAAAAGAAAAAUUUGAAUCAAACAAUGAAAUUAGUAUUAAAAAGAUUAAUGGAGUUUAAGAAAUAAAAAUUUUAGUCCUAAUGACAAGUUAUUUUUUUGGCUUCCUCUAGUGGCUUACUUAGUGUUGGGCAGAGUUGGGUAUAACGCGUUACAAAGUAACUUAGAGAGUACUUAGAGUACUUUGAUUACUUUUUGCAGUAACGAGUAACCUAACACGUUUUCAAACAAGACAUCAGUUACUUCCGUUACUUUUGGAACGCAGGUCCUUCAGCUCCGAAACAACAACGGCUGUCGUUAGGUUUAACGUUAUCUCCGUUAUUAGACCAAUCAGUCUGAAAGAAGCCACGGAGCUUGUGGCUCGCUACGUGGUCGGAGAAAUGCUGCCAUUGUCUACGGUGGAGUCUAAAUAGGUGGAGUAGGACUUGCUGACAGACACAUUUCAGACUCAGGACUUUAUUAUACCAGCAUUAUGCCUGGUACAUGCUACACGCUGGUACUCACCAAUUAUCCCUGGUCGUCUUUCACAGCGUGUGAUGUCAUCGGGUUAUUCUUGUCCUAUUUUUAUUACUUUCACUAUAAUUUGAGUCAGAACUGUGUCUGUUCAUGUGCCAGCCGACAUGUUGUUGUAGUCACCUAAAAGCGAAGUUCUGACAAAUGUUUCAGAAUAAAAGCCUAUUUAGAAAAUGGAGGGAUUCUCUCAGCUGAGGUUAUAAGGGGCUUUUAAUUUGAAACAAGUGUUGAGCUUGAAAUGACGGUGCGAUAUGUUGACUUUAUAAAGACAACAGAGCGGAUAAAAAGUAAGUGUAUAAACACACAGAGGGAUUAAUAAAUAACGGAGUGUCUAUAAUGUAGUUUGUUUCAAAUGAAGCUGGGAGCCUCUGCAGUUGUGUGUUCUCCUCAUCACUGUGACCAUGAGUUUCUGCCCUGGUCCGUCCGGUCCCCCCGGGUGCACCAGUAUCCAGGAGCAGAGGGACCGCUGGGACAGAAAACGCAGCCGAACAGCCAAAGAGUUGGUGCAGACGGAACAACGCUACUGCCAACAGCUGGAGCUGGUCACCACUUACUUUGUGGAGAUCUUGAAGGCCAAAGGAACCCUGAAGCAGGACAUUAGAGAAAGCAUCUUCAGUUCAAUUAAAGCCAUUCAUUCCAUGAACCAAUCUCUGCUGGUCCAUUUGGAGAAUGGCUACUUUGGCCGAGGCUUCGAGCAGAUGUGUCCACAGCUGCACCACUACAACUUAUAUGUGGACAACAUUUAUAAUGCUCGCAAAGUGCUCGGGAUCCAGCUGAAGAAAAACAAGGCCUUCAGACGUUUUAAGAAACUACAGGAGGCCCGACCAGAGUUCAACAACCAGAAGCUAGAGGACUUACUUCAACAUCCUGUUCAGCGAGUUGAUCAGUAUAAACAUUUCCUACAGGACCUGGCUGCCAACACAAGUCCAGACAACCCAGAGUUCCAGCAGCUUUCAAGGGCGGUGACUGCAAUAUGCGAGGUGUCCCAGCGAAUCCAGAACAAUAGCCGGCGCCAUGAGAACCACCUGCAGCUGUGCCGGGUGCAGAAACUGCUGAAGGGGCGAAAGACGAAGGUGUUGGCUGCAGGGAGGUGGUACAUCCGCGAGGGCUGGCUGAAGGUGGUUCCUACUAAAGGUGCGGAUGCUAAGCCCAAGAUGUUCUUCCUGUUCUCUGACAUGCUGCUGCAGGCCAAGCACUGCAGCCCGCUAGAAUACACCAACAGAGACAAGUUCGCUGGCCAGCACGCCUACCCCCUGCAGGACUGCACUGUGGAGAAGGUGUUUGGCCACACCAGGAGCCAGGGAGGCCUGCUCAGUUUAACCUUCCCAAAGGCCAAACUCCUGCUGAUGUCCUGCAACCAGGAGGAUCUCAAUGACUGGUACCAAAGCCUGAGCUCAGCUAUCGGGAAGCUGCAGUCUAAGCAGACAGUCAUCCAUCAAAGAGAUGAGAUGUGCCGGAGACCCCUCCGAUCAGCAGCCGACAGCCACAACAUGCCAAGCAGCAGCAGCAGCAGCAGCAGCAGUGGUAACCCCAGCAGGAAGAGAAACAUGGUGAAUGCUGAGAGCAGUGAGCACGCUCAGAUGCCUCCAGUUGAGUGGGAGAGCAGCGCCCCCAAGAGGAUGAAGCAGACUGAUGCUCCAGAGCAAAGCAGUGCAGAGACGUCCACUUCCAGCUGUGUGAUCCUCUGAUGGACUUCUUCUUCUUCUUCUUCUUCUUCUUCUUCUUCUUCUUCUUCUUCUUCUUCAGACUGUCUGAAUGAAGUUCAGUCUGAUGGUGAUGGUGGAUCCUGCACAGUCUGUCUGAGAGUUUCACUUCAGACUGACUUUUGUGUUCCAUUCAGUUUACCCAAAGGUGACACAUGUUUAACACACAUUACUAUGGGAGUCUUCUGCUUUUCCUGUGCAAUAUAAACUAUCGUGAUGUGCUGCUUUAAAGACCAAAUUUCUGAUGAAUGAAUGUUUCACUGUGAGUUGUAUGCUGCUGCUGCUGCUGCAUGUCUCCACUUCAAAUGUUCUAACACCAAUUCAGCAGUGUUUAUGAGUAUACUGCUGGGAGUCCUUUUCCCGGUCAGUACCUGAUUGCACCUCUCCACCAUUCUUUUUAGUCAGGCUGCAUUUACAGGCAGACUCUAAAGAAGGGAGAGAUAAUAAAUACAAUCUAUUUGGACAGGCUCCAUAAUAAACUCUACAUACAACAGCAUAAUAUUCAGUUUAUUCCAGGUGGACCAUGGGGCUUGGACAAGGUCCUAUUUUUAAAAAGUCGGUGUAAAAGAAACGGGCCAGCGACAAUUUAGGCCUCACAGCUGUAAAGCCUUUCACUCUCUAAAAAUCCAGUCACAUAACAGAAACAGUCACACGUCUGAUUCUGUCAAAUCAGCUCGUCUCACUGACGGAGGCAAACCGAAACUUUAUUUACAGCAGUCAUGCUACAUUCAUGUCAUAUUGUAUUUACCACAAUGACCAGGGUCAGUCUUGGAAAUAAUUAUUGCAAUAUCUAAAUGGUAAACAUGUAUGAAGCUACAACAUGGCCAGUAUUAAAUACAUUCAAUAAAAAUUAUGAAACUAUAUAGUAUUAAACUUAGUGAAAUGAGUCAUCUUGUGAAUGAAUAGAGCCAAUUAUAGAGUAUAUGGAGCAAACAUUUAUUCUGAAUAAACAAUGAUUAAAACUCAAAUUAUUAUUAUUAUUAUGAAAUGUUAUUUUUGGAGUUAAGUUUAUCUUCUUUUUUUCAAAAGUCGUUUUUCAAAGUUACAUAUAAAAAAAUCAGAAUAAUAAAUAAUAUUUCACAAUACAUUCAGUGGUAUUAAACUGUUUAUUUCAUACGUAUAUGAUUAUAUAUUUCAUGAUGCCUUCUUUUUUAUUUAAUAUUGGUCAUUAUAAUGUUUCAUUGAUAUGACUGGGAAUGUAUUUGUCCAACUUUAUUUGGAUGUUUCAUGCCAGCCAGAGUCCAACAUUUAAGUCAACUGAUCCCUAAUUGAUUAAUAAUCACACUACUGGUCCAGUUUCAGCACACUGUCGGAUAACUGCUCAUUCAGUGUACACUCCUCUUUAUAACACUGCCAGUCUUCAUCUGAGUUUAUCCCACUGUUUUCUAUGCUAUUGUGUUUCCAUGACAUGAGCAUGUCAGUGCUGCUGACUCAACCACGUCACAUUAUAGGGAAACUUUGGGGAUAUUUCUCCAGGUUUUUGUAUCUAAGUGACUAAUGGAGUUUUUGACAUUCUCAAGUAUGAAGAGAGAGUGCUGUAGCAGCAGCAACAGUAGCAAAACAAGCUAAUUAAAGUUUACUGUCCACUAAAAGUGUUUGUUCUCCCCACUGACUGGAUCAGACUGUUAUUAUGAGUGCCUGACAACAUUACAGAAAGGAUCUCUGCAGAGAAAUUGAACAUUACUUCAUACCUUUCGCUGAUCUGUUAUUGUGACCAAGUCACGAUCACAAAGAGAAGUCUGAAAUCUAAGGAGAGGUGACUUAUUGCAGGAAAAACAAUGGUGGUAUGGCAGCACAGUGGUGCAGUGGUUAGCAUUGUCACCUCACAGCAAGAGGGUUUCUGCUUCGAGUCCAGGUUAGGGGAGCCCUUCUGUGCUGAGUUUGCAUGUUCUCCCUGUGUUAGCAUGGGUUUACCCCGGGUGCUCAGGCUUCCUUCCGCAGCUCAAAGACAUGCAGGUUAAUUGGUGACUCUUAGUUGUACAUAGGUGUGAAUAUGAGUGUGAAUGGUUGUCUGUCCCUAUGUGUCAGCCCUGUGAUAGUCUGGUGACCUGUCCAGGGUGUACCCUGCCUCUCACCCAAUGUCAGCUAGGAUAGGCUCCAGCCCCCAGCGACAGACAGGAAACAAUCUGAACCUGUCAGUGACAAAAACAAGCACUUUUAGUGGACGUAAGCUGAUGGUGCAGAAUUCCCUGUAGAGAUUACAUUGCAGCCUGUUUCACUGCUGUAGCUGCUGCGGUCUCUCUCAAUACCAGGCCAGUUUCAAAAACCUGCAAUCUCGAAUACUCUCUCAGACACAAAAACAUGGGAAAAUAGAGUCCAGGGUGAGUUUCCUUGUGGUGUCUGCUCUAACUAGCUCCUUCACACAGCCUUAUUGCCUCACAGAAACAUGAUCAUCUGUUCAAAUGUAUAAUUCUUGGAAUUUUUAGAAUGUUUAGUGUUUGUUUGGUAUAUAUAGAUUAGUUAUUCAUAGCUUUUACAUGGGAGACACUGUGGGGAAUUAUUAUUAUUAUUAUUAAUGGGAUGUGUGCAUUUAAUGAGCUGCACCAUAUUCUGCAGUACAAUGACUGAUUUCUGUGAAGUAUCUGUAUCCAGGCAAGAAAACCUGGUUAACAGAUGUAAAGUUCUAUAUGCUAUAUGCAUUACAUCAUGUAUUUUCUCCUACAUUGUAUCCUGUAAACAUAUUCUUUAUUUACUAAUCAACAAAUAUUUGCUUCUCACCUGCAAAAUACUACAUAUAUUUUAUUAGCACUGUUUGUCCAUUUUUAAGCUUUGUAUGUAUCUUACAAAUCAUUUUAUUCUAUUUUUAAACCCUUUUUGCUACCUGAAGCUGUUACACUGGUUAUAAAUCAUGAAUGGAGAUGGAAAUCAUUUAAAUUUCCCAAUAAAACUCUU